CGUCUCCCAACCCCUUCUUUUUCAUCGGCCUCAACACACGGCGACACCAUGUACACGCUCUGUAUUUGUAUACAUUCCACUUACUAAUUGACAAGCUCAACCAGCCUUCUUGGAGCUGGUUUUGAGUGGGUGAGUUGGGCUAUCAGUCGGUUGCCGCGCCGCCAUGUCGACCACCGCAGCACCACCGCAUCUGAACGGCAGCAGCGUCGCACCCGCUGAGGUCCGUCGCGAAGCCGACUUCCUCGAGAAGCUUUUGCAGAUCCGAGAUGAUGUGCUUGCUGGCAAACAUCCACGUAUCCGCCUCCCACCCAAAGUACUAGAGCAGGUAGCACCGCGUCCUCCCCAGCAAACUCCACCCAAGAGACCCGCGACCAACGGCACUCCUAAUGGGACGUCGACUCCGCAGUUAUUCCCGCCGCGCCCCGAAAGCUCUCUGCAGCAGUUCCCUCCGCCAAACGAGUUUGCUUCCCCUGUCCCACAUGCUUCGCGACCUUUCUCGGCUAAGUCGGCGUCGUCUGGAAUCGACCCGGUCUUGCUCACCAAGUCUGAUCACCUCAUUCGGGCGGAGCUGCAGCUUAAGCGACAGCAGAUAGAACGGACACUGAAGGAUCAGCUGGACAAGCAGGGGCGUGCCAAGGACGAGGAGCGCGAGGUCCUUGAUGUCGAGAAUCUCUUCGCUCAGGCCCAAAGUCUGGUCAAGCCUAUAUCUGGCCUGCAGAUUCCCGCUACUAACAGCGACAACGCUGAGUCUUUCGAUGAGAAUUCGUACUACUCUAGCAAAGCGGACAGUUGGUCGUCAGAGGAGGUUGAUCACAAUCAGAACGCCAGCGCUGAUGCCGCAGCACCACUCACUUUACAGGGCAAACGCUCCGCGGAUAAGGCCAAACUGACUGCAACCAAGCCUGCUCCGCCCCAAGCCGAUGCUGAAGUGAUUGAUCUCGAUGAAGAGCCCUACGAGCCUGCCGAGGACAUAGAGAUCUAUGAGCCCGAGCCUGCCAGGCUACGCGAGGAGGCUGAUGAGUCCGAUUACUCGCCGCCUCCUGCCGAUGUAGGCCCAAGUGAGCCAACGCGGGGACGAGUACGAGAACGAGCGGUGGAAAAUCACGGCAACGCCAAUGGGUACGGGUCAUCAAGGCGUCAAAGCCCGACGGGUCCGGUACCGCCAAUUCAAAACACACGAAAGCGCAGGAGAGAGGAGAAACGGGAAGAGAAACGGGAGGAGAAGCGUCGGCAGCAAGCAAACAAGCGCGUUGCUCGCUCUCCGGAGCCAUACAUCAAAGAAGAGCCGCAAUCACCGCCUCCUUUCACGGCUUAUCCCGAUGCGCCACCUAGUAAGCGCCGCGCUUUGCAACCCCUUCCCAGCGAUGUCGAGGUGGUGUCUGCUCGAGAGGGCAGCAGAGCACAGCCAGUCUACUACAGAGAGCAGGAACCUCCCCUCCAACCCUCCCGACCGCAUCGGCAGUACGAGGAGCCAUUGUCCCCGAGCGUUGUCCGUGUUCCUCAACGGAGACUGGAGCGUGAUGACCAAGAUCUGCGCCGUGUUGCGAGUCUCCAAUACGCACGACGACCGUACUCGCCAGGUGGUGAACUGUAUGCAGCCCCCGAGCCUCGCCCGAUUCGCGCAGCCUCCCAUGCCUUCGUAGAUAGACCCAUCGAGCAGCCCGUUUACCGAGAAGCAUCGGCCCGUCCUUCAGCCGCACCGAGAUACAUUCGCGAACGCUCACGAUCACCGAUUCACGAGUAUCUGCCUCGAGCGCAGUCACCUAUGGUCAUGGCGCCGCCGCCUCGCCGUAUUGUGGUGGACCAGUACGGAGUCAAAUACUACGCGGCUCCAGUAGAUACAAGGGAAUCGGUUGCGCCACCUAGCCGGCGGGUUGAGGUCGACCCUUAUUACGAACGCGCCGUUACCCGAGAACCGACAAUACGUGCGCCUGCUCGCGCGGAAAUUUACGAGGAUGAUGAUGUUCAGAGGAUGCCCCCACCUCCGCCCCGGCGCUAUGAAGCUUCGGAUGCCGACGUUAUCGAGACGCGACCUUACCGCCGAGAGGCUUCACAUCGGCCAGUCGAGGUGGAAUUUCGGCCACAAGAGGUGAUUGAGCGACGACCGAUACCGCAGUACGAAGAGAUGGCCCCGCCGCGCGAAUACCUUCCUACGCGCGCGUACAGCGUACGUCCUGAAGUUGUGCGUCGAGAAGCGCCCGAAGGGUAUGCUCGUCACGAAAGCGUUCAGCCGGGCCACGUACGCAUGGCUGCACCUCGCUACCGUGAGGUGAGUGUAGUCCAUCAGGACCCGUAUGAUGAUCGACGCUAUGCCUUCGCCGCGCCUCAAAGCCGGCGGUAUGUUGAAGAGGGUGCAGCAGAGAGGCCUGUCGAAGUGCCGCAAGAGCCCUACGGAGGAGAGUCUCAGCGAGUGAGAUACCGCUACUGAACGCCACGUCGUGUGUAAGAGGGGCUGUAUAGCUCUAUAGUAUUAUUGGUAUCAAUCACCAGGAUAUGCUACAUGCAACUUUUGGCCUUCCGGCAUCUGCGGCCGGACGCUGUAGCACACUCGCAAGGUCAUGCAGGAUGGCAUUUUAAGAAAGGUGCCGUGAGGCUCGUGUGAUUGGAUAGCAUAGGAACCUUUGAUUUUGGCGAGGUGUAGAGCUCUCCGCCAAUUAAGAGUAAAUGUAAUACUAGUACUUUCGGAAUUUACUCGAUGC